AUUCAACAGGAUGAGCAUCAGGACCAUACCCACACUCCAGGACCUGGUGAUACAGAACGUACUGCGCAACGAGGUCUUGCCCAUCCCCAAUCUGGAGUAUCUGCCCAGGGUGCUCACCCUGCAGUUGUACAAGGAGGCUAUAAUGGGGGGUCACAUGGAGAUGGUAAAUAAAAUGGUGCUGUCCUGCCCCUUGCCCUGUCUGCCUGUGGAGUACCUGCUGAAGACAAGAGAUGUGAAGGCCUUAAAAACCCUACUGAAUGGGCUAGACUUGCUGAUUUCCCAGAACAUUUACCCCAGGAAAUGGAAACUGAAAGCAAUCGAUUUUCGGGAAGUGAAUCAGGACAGCUGCAAUGAGUGGUCCAGAGCCCCACUGGGUGCCUGCUCACAAGAGGCCAUGUCUCCAAAGGAAAGAGAGAAAUGUAGCCAAAGAGCAGCGAAGCCACACUUGAAGAUCUUCAUAGAUUUCGAUCUGGACAAAGUCUUCCAAAGAUUCCUUGGCAGCCUCAGGGAGUGGGUGGAGAAGAGAAAGGGGGUGGUCCCUAUAUACUGCAAGAAGCUGCAGAUCGGGGGUUUCUACUUGAAACUCUCUAAAUUCCUGAGGACGUUGCCAUUGUACUACGUGCAGGAACUGGAGGUGAAUGCUCAGCACUGGACUCGAGAAAUAAUGGAACAUUUUUGUUUUUGCCUGAUCGAGAUGAGGAACCUUCGUGUCCUCCAUCUCUCCGACUUGAGCCCACAGGUCUUCACCAGCCACUCGGUAAACAGGAGUCAGACCCCCUUGAAAACACUCUCGCUGAGAGGUUGUCCGCUCAAGGAGAAGGAUUUAAAGCAUCUGUCCAUGUGUCCGAGCACUGAUCAACUGAAGUAUCUGGAUCUCAGCUCUUUUUCCAUGAAAGAUAUGAGUCCUGAGCCCCUCCGGGUCCUGCUGGAGAAGGUGGCACCCACCCUUGAGACCCUGGUCUUAGAGUUUUGUGAGAUAACAGAGUCCCAGCUAAAUGCCAUCUCACCAGCCCUGGGUCACUGUUCCCAGCUCAAAACCUUCAGUUUCUGUGGGAACCAAAUCCCCCUGACUGCUCUUAAGAACCUGCUGAGCCACACCGGCAGCCUGCCGCUGGAACAAGCAAAGUACCCUUCCCCUCUGGAGAGCUUUGAUGAAAUCCUCUGGGGUUUCUGGACUGAGAUCAACCACAUGAAAUUUGACCAGGUUCAGAAGGAGUUGAUGCAGCUAGUGAAGGACAUCAGGCCUGUCUACGACAUCCAGAUUUAUUCUUACGAUUAUGUUCUUCACCUCAAACAUACGGAUUUUAUUGCCGGAAACCCAGUGGCAAUUCGGAAGGCAGGGGAUUAUUGA